AUGGAUGCGAACUGGGGCGUUCGAAAGGCGGUAUGCGAAGUAUUCGUUGAAGUAGCCCGUCAUACCUCACCGAAUAUUCGACGAACACAACUGGCUCAGACUUUUGUGAAACUGCUUCAUGACCCGUCGCGUUGGGUGUGGUACACGGCAUUCCAAGAGCUUGGUCCGUUUAUUGCCACUUUCGCCAACUCAAAGUUGUCUGGAUUGAGAAUAAAGGAUGGACAGGUCUGUGAAUCAGAUGGUCGAAGUGACUUGGAGAGUGUCGUCACAGAUGCGGUGGAUUUUGAAAAGCUUCCAACAGGAUGUUGUAUGCCUGAAAAAGACUCGGAGGAGGACGAUGCGGAAGACAGCGGCCAAGAAUCCGAUCAUAGUGAAGACGCUGAGCAAAUUAUCGAUGGAUUGCAACAUAUGCUGGAUACGUGGACAGCUGGACACAGGAGGAACUCGACGCAUAGUGCUCCGCCCAGUGUCAUCGAAGGCGAACCGUCGAGUUCAGGCGUUGGCAUCGCAGCCAAAUGUAAUUCAUCGGAUGAUCUGUCAAAAGUCGGCCUAGACGAUGAUGAUGAGUUCGAAGAAAAUGAUACGGAUGAUCCGUUAGAUACUUCGAUGAGAGCAGGUCUGGACGAAAGUUUCUUACUCGAUGAAAAUGAGGAUUCAAAACCAGCAGAGCCGCCAUCGAGUGCACAAGAAGACUUCACCCCAGCAUCGUAUUGGGCAGAUUCAUACGAGGGAUUUGCAAACAACGGCGAAUUGAUCGAAUUUGGCUCCUCGAGCUCUGUACCAAGCGCGCCCUCGUUCCUAGAGCGACGAUAUGACGUCCUCUAUGUGUCACCAGAGCGAACAGGAACGACGCCAAUUUCAAGUCCUCGUCGAUCACGAAACAGUGAAAGUUCCGAUGGCGACGAGCUCUUUUCUCUCUCACCGAGGACUCGUAAUAGCUCGCGAACCAUUAGCGGUCCAGGAGAUGAUACGGAGCUGUUUGCUGACUGCAGAGGAGAGGACGAUACUGACGAGGCUUUCGAGGAAGAUGGAUCGCAGAAGAUAGUUCCUCAAGAGUUGGUCGAUAAUUUUAUGGGAAUGGUCUUACCUGGCGGAAUGAUGGAUUCCGACAUCAAUCGGCAUUGCGCUCACAACUUUCCUGCAGUGGCAUACACUCUCGGAAGAGCCAGUUGGCCUCAGUUGAGGGACACCUACAACAAGCUCGCCAAUGAUGAUCAACUCAAAGUACGGGUUUCAAUAGCGAGUUCGAUCCAUGAAAUGGCGGCUAUUGUCGGUGCACGACAUACUGAUGACGAUCUUCUUCCAGUAUUCCAUGCAUACAGGGAGGAUGCAUUCGAAGUGCGUGUCGGGCUUUUGAAACAUCUAUUUGAAUUCUAUCGGUGUUUGUCGCCAGAAACUCGAAAAGGAAUGAUCGAUGCCCUUCCUCAGUUCAUGCCAAUGGAUAACACGAUGCUGAACGGUAAUUGGAGGUAUCGACACGAGUUUGCCAAGUUAGUUUUGCAGUUAUUGUUCUUGCUUCGUUAG